GGCUCCUUCACCUUUUCCCACGGCGGUCUCUCUCUUCCCUCCUUGAGCCGGAGCGACGGCGGAUGGACCGACUGCGGGGGAGACAAGGUUCCUGGAAAUCCAGAUGAUGGUCCAAUUUAAGCAGUUUGGCACAACUUUUAUACAAACCCUGAUCCUUUGAAAGACGACCGUUUGAUCCGCUCCGUUUCCAGCCAUGUCGGAGCCCAUAACGCUGAACGUUGGCGGGAAAUUAUACACCACGUCCCUCUCCACUCUGACCAGCUUCCCAGACUCCAUGCUGGGCGCCAUGUUUAGUGGGAAGAUGCCGACCAAAAGAGACAGCCAAGGCCACUGCUUCAUUGACCGCGACGGCAAAGUUUUCCGCUACAUCCUCAACUUCUUGAGAACGUCUCACCUGGACCUGCCCGAGGACUUCCAAGAAAUGGGCCUGCUUCGGCGAGAAGCAGACUUUUACCAGGUCCAACCCCUCAUUGAGGCUCUCCUGGAGAAGGAAGUGGAGCUCUCUAAAGCUGAGAAGAACGCAAUGCUCAACAUCACUUUGGACCAAAGGACCCUAACGGUUCAUUUCACCGUCCGGGAAGCUCCUCAAAUCUACAGUUUGUCCUCUUCUAACAUGGAAGUGUUCAGCGCCCAUAUCUUCAGCACUUCCAGUUUGUUCCUCAAACUCCUAGGCUCCAAACUUUACUACUGUUUCAAUGGCAACCUGUCCUCCAUUUCUACUUAUUUAGAAGACCCCUACCAUGUCACCUUGGAUUGGGUAGCCAGCGUGGAAGGUCUACCCGAAGAGGAAUACACCAGGCAGAACUUAAGGAGGUUGUGGGUCCUUCCCAGCAAGAAGCAGAUUAACAGUUUCCAGGUCUUCGUGGAGGAAGUGCUGAAAAUCGCCAUGAGCGAUGGGUUUUGCGUGGACGCCACUCACCCGCACACGACAGAUUUCAUGAAUAAUAAGAUUAUUCGGCUCAUUCGCUACAAAUAGACCUGGAGCCGGUUUUCUAUCAAUGAUUCACACGUUUGGCGCUGUGUCGCAAGCUUACAGCCUGGAGCUGACUUCGCCCACCAUGAGCUAAUCCCGUGAUGGUGAACCUGUGGCACGUGUGCCACAGGUGGCACG